AUGGCUCGAAGCAACGGGGAAGAUGCCGACGAACCCCAGACGAAACGCAGACGGCUAUCUUCCAGCAAUAGCAUCCCAAUCAAGACGACCAAUACACGGAGAAAGACGGCAUGCCAGGCUUGCCGACUGCGCAAGAUUAAAUGCGAUGCCGUGCGGCCGACGUGUGGAAUCUGCAAGGCGAGCGACGCCAUGUGCAAAUACACCGACCCGCUCCCUGAGAAGUUAACGAUUGACUCUGCUACGGAUCUGUUGUCCAACAAACUUGAUAGGCUUCAAGACGACAUUGAGAAGCUGCGGACGCUUGUCCACCAGGGUGGCGGCUCAUCAAUCUUUAAUGAUUUCCAGGCCCCGACCGAAGACGACCGAACAUCACAAGCGAAUCUCACCCGCCAGUCCAGCGCAAUCUACACCGCCGAGCCCUCAAAGGACUUCUUGCCUAUCCCGGCCGCACGAACUACAGCCGACACGGUGCUCACCUGGCCCGUCUAUGAGGGAAAGUACCAACAGAGCGCCCUCAUUUGCGUCCUCUUUGAACCGCUGAAAGCUCGCUCGUCUGGAGCCUUCCCAUCCGAAUGUGACUCCUUCACCGUCCCCGGUGGCCUGAUCCCACCCGUCGAAGAGUCCAUCCCGCAUCUCGUCGAUCGGUUCCUAGAGAACGUGCACACCAAAAACCCAGUCUGCGACGUCGAGGAACUCGUGCGGCAAUCGCGGCUCAUCGCAGUCAACGGACUCAGCUGGGACGCGUGGUCAUGCUUGGUGCUCCUCGCCUGCGCCCUCGGCACCAUCGCCAAACCUUUUGACGCGGCGGUCAAUGUCGUUCCUCGUGCGUCUGGAGACAUGGCGGCGGAGACGUCCUGGAUUGCCGAUGCUCCUACUACUCCGCGCGAGUUGCAGCAGGCCGAGUCAUGUUUCGUCCUGGCUUGUCGGAGGAUGGGCACGUUGAAGCACUCCAUUCUCGGCUCGCAGUGCUAUUUCUUCGCCGGAGUCUACCUAAUGUACACCAUGCGCCCCCUCCUCUCCUGGCAGUACUUCACCCAAUCCUCCAUCCUCUACCAACUGCACAUGAAAAGCACACACGGCCUCGUCACCGACAUCUCCGCCCUCGGCCAGAUCCCCGUGCAGCACGACGACGACCUACCGAACCACAAGCCGCGCCGGCUGGAGGAGAGCAUGUAUUGGUCGUGCUUCAAGAGCGAGAGCGAGUUCCGCGUCGAGCUGCCGCUGCCGCAGAGCGAACUGGCUACUUACUACCAUCCGCAGAUGUUUCCUUCGCCGCCUUCGCCGGCGGAUGUUGAGAAAGCGGGGCAGUCGAACGAGGAGCAGACGGGACUUGCUGCGGUGAAUGACUUGGAUCAGGCUGAGGCGGUGUCUUUGAGGCAGCAUGCAAAACAGCUCUGCAAUGAGGAGGAGAGCUGGUACUACUACUUGACCGAGAUUGCCCUUCGACGCAUCGGCAAUCGCAUCAUCAACACCUUCUUCCGUCAGGAUCCCACAGCGUGGCUAGACAUCAAGCCAUGGCUAUCCAUCGCGCUGGAGUUCGACACCCAAGUCUCCGCCUGGUCCGCCCAUCUGCCCGCCGCAAUGCAACACUGGGAAACCAACUACACCAUCCGCGCGCCCACCCACACCUCCCUCCCGGAUGGCAGCGGCAACCACGUUUCACGCGAACUGAGCUGGGCAACAGACAAUCGCCUGCUAGAAAUGCGCUCCUGGCUCUACCAGCCCUUCUUGUACUACUUCAUCCACAACUCCACCUUACCCAAAUACCCUCCCCAUGGCCGCCAUGAAUCAACAUCCCCCCUCUCCCCAACAGCAACAACAACAUCGCGCCAAUCCCCCACCAUCACAGCCAACACAACCACAACCACGCCCCCCACCCUCGAGACCUUCCUCCACACCACCCCACACCUGCAAACAGAGACCCACCUCUCCACGCCCGACAUAACAAGCCUCUACCACUUCAUCACCUCAGGCAUAGACUGCAACCUGAAAAUCCUCGACGUGCGCUCCCUGCGCCACCGCCACCACGGCCUGUGGUACGACAUGCGCAGUCUGAUGUGCGCGUCGCUGAUUCUGCUCGCGGUCGUGCGGAGUGGGCAUGAGGCGUGGAUUCCGGGGGGUGUGGAGGUGCUUUGGGGCGGGGGUGUUGGGGAUGGGGACGGGAUUCAGGGGCGGAUAGGACAUAUUAUCGAUGAGUUUGGCUUUUGGGCGGAGGAGAGUCCGGAUAUGGUGAGGCAUGCGGAGGUGCUGAGGGAGGUGACGGGGAUGGUGAGGGCGGGGUGGAGGAAUAUGAGGGCGAAUGGGGAAGGGGCGAUGGGUUGA